AGGGCGGGGCCGGGGCGCCGACCCUUCUCCCGGGACUGGACAGAGGGACCCGGGAAGCAGCGCGGACCUGGAGCGACCGGCCGACCUGCCCCGGAAGGAGCCAGGCGCGUGCGCUCCGGGUGGAGGGACCCGUUACCCGGGCGCCCCAAGCCCAGGGCUCAGCCACGCGGAGGCGCCCGGGCGCUGCGCCGCCCCUCCUGGACGUGUUCGCCCAGUAACAUGGGCGGCGGCGGCGCUGACCGCGUGGACGCUGCCCGCUCGCGGGGGGCAGACCCAGACGCGAUGGAGAAGGUGCCUCCCGGGCUGCCCCGCCCGCCGAGCCCGCCGAGCCCCCGCCCCUAGAACGACCGUGGUCCUCGGCUGUGCCUCCCGCAUGCAUGUCCGCGCGGGGGCGCGGGGUUCAGGGGGGACCGGCCCGCAUGGCGCUUGGGGGCGCUGCGUGUGGCCGGGGCCCCCAGCGGGAAGGGCGCGGGCCGUGCGCACGCUGGCCGGCCUCGGGGUGCUCGGCCUCCUCGCCUGCGCCCACCUGUCCUGGACCCACGGCAGCCAGGAGGCCCCGGAGGCUACCCCGGGACCCGAGCCCGGCGCCCAGCCGCACCUCAUCUUCGUCCUGGCCGACGACCAGGGCUUCCGCGACGUGGGCUACCACGGCUCCGAGAUCCGCACGCCCACGCUGGACCGGCUGGCGGCCGAGGGGGUGAAGCUGGAGAACUACUACGUGCAGCCCAUCUGUACGCCCUCCCGCAGCCAGCUCCUCACCGGCAGGUAUCAGAUCCACACGGGCCUGCAGCACUCGGUCAUCAGGCCCGCGCAGCCCAACUGCCUGCCGCUGGGCCACGCCACGCUGCCGCAGAAGCUGAGGGAGGCGGGCUACGCCACGCACAUGGUGGGCAAGUGGCACCUGGGCUUCUACCGGCGCGAGUGCAUGCCCACCCACAGGGGCUUUGACACCUUCUUCGGGUCCCUCCUGGGCAGCGGGGACUACUACACCCACUACAAGUGCGACGGCCCCGGGGCGUGCGGCUACGACCUGUACGAGAACGACCACGCCGCCUGGGACCACGACGACGGCGUGUACUCCACGCACAUGUACACGCGCAGGGUGCAGCAGAUCCUGGCGGCCCACGACCCCGGGAAGCCUCUGUUUCUCUACGUUGCCUACCAGGCCGUCCACUCGCCGCUGCAGGCGCCCGGCAGGUACUUCAGGCACUACCGGUCCAUCGCCAACACGCACCGGCGCCGGUACGCGGCCAUGCUCUCCUGCCUGGACGAGGCUGUGGGCAACGUGACCCUGGCCCUGCGGGCGCACGGCCUCUACAACAACAGCAUCCUCAUCUACUCCUCUGACAACGGCGGCCAGCCCUCCGCCGGGGGCAGCAAUUGGCCCCUCAGGGGCAGCAAGGGCACCUACUGGGAAGGGGGCAUCCGGGCCGUGGGGUUCGUGCACAGCCCCCUCCUGAGGCAGCGGGGCACGGUGUGCAGGGAGCUGGUGCACAUCACCGACUGGUACCCCACGCUGGUGGCGCUGGCCGAGGGGCACAUCGAGGAGGACGCUCGCCUGGACGGCUACGACGUCUGGGAGGCCAUCAGCGAGGGCCUGCGCUCGCCCCGUGUGGACAUCUUGCACAACAUCGACCCCAUCUACACCAAGGCCAAGCACGGCUCCUGGGCGGCGGGCUACGGCAUCUGGAACACGGCCGUCCAGUCGGCCAUCCGCGUGCAGCACUGGAAGCUGCUCACGGGGAACCCCGGGUACAGUGACUGGGUGCCCCCUCAGGCCUUCAGCAACCUGGGCCCCAACCGCUGGCACAGUGAGCGGGUCACCUUGGCGACGGGCCAGAGCGUGUGGCUUUUCAACAUCACGGCCGACCCCUACGAGAGGGUGGACCUCUCGGGCAGGUACCCCGGCGUCGUGAGGCAGCUGCUCCGCCGACUGUCACAGUUUAACAGGACAGCGGUGCCCGUCAGGUAUCCCCCCAGGGACCCCAGGAGCAACCCUCAGCUCAAUGGGGGCGUCUGGGGGCCCUGGUACAUAGAGGAAAGCAAGAAGAAGAAGAAGCCACGCAAAAAUAAGGCUGAGGGGAAGCAGAAGAGAAGGAAGACGAAGAAGAGGCCACAGGAGGCAGGCUCGGGUCCCCAGAGCCGACCAGGUGCCCCUUGGGGGUGACAGACCUGUUUGCUAUUCAGAAAGCAAAAGUGGUUUCAUUCUUCCCAUCACAGGCCACGGGGGCCACCUGGACACCCCCUGGGGCCCUUCUGCUGGGUGCUCGAGGUGCUGCUUCUGGAGACACCCUUAGGGGACACGGGGAUGUCCACCUCCCCCGCUCCUUGAAAGGCAGUCGUGGCCUUAUGAGCUCCCCCGCUGUGCUUCAGCCGGUGGCCAACACUGUGCUUUCCGUUCUAACGGGAUGCUGACCUGCCGCAGCGCCUGCUCCUCCGACGGAGGGACCAGGCGCCUGGUUAAAACUGCCUUUGAGAAGGACAGCCAAAGGCUGGUCCACCUCCCAGGCUUCGAGAAAUAGAUUUGUUGCUGUUGUUAAUCCUCACCCCAGGAUAUUUUUCCAUUGAUUUUUAGAGAAGGUGGACGGGAGGGGGAGAGACGGGGAGAGACAGAGAGAGGAACAUCGAUGUGAGAGAGAUAUAUCGACUGGUUGCCUUCUGCAUGCAAGCCUACAACCGAGGUACAUGCGUGCCCUUGACCGGAAUCGAACCCAGGACCCUUCAGUCCUUGGGCUAAUGCUCUAUCCACUGAGCCAAACCGGCCAAGGUGAGAAAUAUAUUUUCUGAGUGAGUUUUUGUAUGUCUGUCUCGGGGCACUAGGGUUUGUGAAUUAGCUCCUUCCCGAGUCCUUCCCUUUCCCGGAAAACCAGCUGCCUUCCUCCGGUGGAGCCGCGCCUCUCAGCACGUGUAGGGGGCAGCCACCAAGCACAUAUGAGCAGCUGGUGUCACUGUGUGCUCAGCACUUUCCUGGAGGACGGUCCAGCACAGCCCGUCAUGUAUGUUUACAGAAAAAACACUUUUGUUUCCAUAAAGUACUAUGCAAAUGACUUCUAAUUAUUUAUUUUAUUUUCGCCACACCAUUAGAAGAAUUUUAUUGCAUAUUUUCAAGAUUACCAAGCACUGUGAUACUAUAAAUUACUGUAACAUGGUGGGAAUUCAGAGAAUAUGAAAAGGAAAUGAUGCAGGAAAAUGAUAAUCAUCAUUGUUCAGCCAUCAUUUUGAAUGUACUAAGAUGGAUAUAUUUCUUACAAAUUACUGGGAAAUUCCGUGUUUGUACAGAGCUAGAGAGACACCUUUAUUGUUUCUGUCACAAACACCUUAUUUAUGUAUCUUCAUUAUUAAAAUGGUUUAUUUAUGGCACUCGCAA